AUGAGGAUUCUAAUGAAGAUAAAGGUUUUCCUAUGGCGGCGGCUUCUGCUUCUCUUCCUCCUGGGGAAUACAAUAGAAGCGCAGACGCGCUACACCAUCCCGGAGGAGCUGAGUGUGGGAUCCGUUGUUGGGAAUAUAGCUAACGAUCUGGGUUUGAAUUUGUCUGAGAUUUCCGAUCGUAAACUUAGAAUAGCUUCCGAGGGUGGUAAACAGUAUUUCAGUGUGGAUUUGGGAAAAGGCGAGCUCGUUGUUAAUGAGAGGAUAGACAGAGAAAGUCUUUGUGGAGGAAAUGCCAAUUGUCUGUUGCCUUUAGAGGCUAUUAUAGAAAACCCACUACAGCUGUAUCGUGUUGAGAUCGAAAUUCAGGACAUAAAUGACAAUUUACCACUUUUUCAAAGCAAUAGACAUGUUUUAAAUAUUGCGGAGCACACACUACCAGGCGCAAGAUUUCGUUUAGAAUCAGCACAGGACCCCGACGUUGGCUCCAAUUCUUUACGCACAUAUACACUUAGUAAAAAUGAACAUUUUGUGCUAGAUAUUAAAACAAAUAAAGAUGGGUCAAAAGUAUCCGAAUUGAUUUUAGAAAAGGUAUUGGACAGAGAAAAACAGUCAGUACACAGCCUGCUUCUAACAGCCGUAGAUGGUGGGAAUCCUGCUAGAUCGGGCACAGCAGAAAUUAUUAUUCGGGUACAAGACAUAAACGAUAAUGCACCCAUCUUUGAGGAAAGUGGAUAUGAUAUCCAAGUGGUUGAAAAUACACAACCAGGAACUAUCGUUGUCACUGUAAAAGCAGUCGACCGUGAUGAUGGAGUCAAUCGUGAGAUCGUUUACUCAUUUGGACCACACACCUCAGAGUCCCUACAGAACCUUUUAACUGUUGAUCCCCAAACUGGCGAAAUAAUGGUUAAGGGAGAGAUAGAUUAUGAAGAGAGAAAUUCGUUUAAAAUUGAUGUUCUUGCCACAGACAAAGGCAUUCCACCAAUGCAAGGCCUAUGUACUAUUAAUGUUGAAAUUAUGGAUUUGAAUGACAAUUCCCCAGAGAUCAUUUUAAAGUCUCAGCCUAGUCCUGUUAGUGAAGACGCGCCUGUUGGAACAGUUAUAGCUUUGAUAAGUGCCAAGGACGUAGACUCUGGAGAUAAUGGCAACGUCAAAUUGAAUAUAGCGCCAGGCUUACCAUUUAAAUUAAAACCAUCUGUAUCUAACAACUACGCGUUGGUUACGGACACCAGUUUGGAUAGAGAAAAAAAUCCAGAGUACACUGUCGAAAUUAAAGCUUCUGACUCCGGAACACCGUCUCUCAACUCUAGAAAAACAAUUAAUGUUCGUAUUUUAGAUGUUAAUGACAACCCUCCAGUUUUCUCCCAACCUUCUUACACUGUUUACGUCAGAGAGAACAAUGCUGCUGGAUCAAUAAUGUGUUCAGUGUCCGCUUCAGAUCCAGAUAUAGGUGAGAAUGCGAAGAUAUCUUAUUCUAUAUUAGACUCUAAAGUACAAGACGUGUCUGUCUCCUCCUAUAUUUACAUAAACUCAGAUAACGGCAGCAUCUACAGCAUGCACUCGUUUGACUAUGAGAAACUGAAGGUGUUUCAGAUACAGGUCCAGGCAAAGGACCACGGCUCUCCGUCUCUGAGCAGCAACGUCACGGUUCAUGUUUUUAUCCUGGACCAGAACGACAAUGCUCCCGCUGUUAUUUACCCAUCCGCUGUCAUGGGCUCUGUCUACCAUCAGAAGAUGCCCCGGUCCGCUAAAGCAGGCCACCUCGCCACCAAGAUAUCGGCAGUGGACGCAGACUCGGGCCAUAACGCCUGGAUUUCCUAUAGGCUGGUGGAGGCCACAGACUCGUCUCUGUUCAGUGUGAAUCUUUACACAGGGGAGGUGAGGACUAAACGCGCUGUUUCAGAGCAGGAUGACUCCUCUCAGAGGCUGCUUAUAGAGAUACAGGACAAUGGGGAACCGGUCCAGUCCGCCACAGUCACAGUCAACAUACUGUUAGAGGACGGGCUCCACGAGCCCAUCUCGGACUUCCGCCAGAAAACAGCAGAGCCCAGCAAGAGAAACAGUAAAAUCACCUUUUAUUUGAUUAUCUCUCUGGCCUCUGUGUCCGUUUUGUCUUCGUUGACUUUUCUCAUCUUAGUGGUGAAGUGCGUUAGAAACAGUAGGAGCAGCUCGAGUUGCUGUAUCAGACGGGCUGACUCUGACGGAUACAAGAAUCCAAACAGAAACCUGCAGCUCCAGCUCAACACUGACGGCCCUAUUAAGUAUGUGGAGGUCCUGGGAGGGGACAUGUUGUCUCAGAGCCAGUCCUUCAGGUCGUGUCUCUCUCCGGUGUCCGAGUUCAGUGAUUUCACCCUCGUUAAGCCCAGCAGCACCACUGACUUUAAGGACAUGAUAAACGUGCUUGAUGCAUCAUUACCUGACAGUGCGUGGACGUUCGAGAGCCAACAGGUGAGCACAAUUCCUGCUCAAAUGAGUGUUAUGCAAAUAGGCUAUACGCUGCACAGCCCGCCUUAA